GUCCUCCUUGCCUGCGCUCACCUCCUUUUUCUCCCCUUCGCUUUUGCUUCGUUCCAUCGGGGCAGCCGGCCGGUCGAUCGAGCAGCUCCGGUGGGGUGUGUGUGGUAGUCUCUCUCUCUCUCUGUGUGUGUGUGUGUGUGUGUGUGUGGAGCUGAGGGUAGCUGCAGCUGGGGCUAGCUGGAAGGGUUGGGAGCCAUGGGGAGGGGGCGGGUUGAGCUGAAGCGGAUCGAGAACAAGAUCAACCGCCAGGUCACCUUCGCCAAGCGCCGCAACGGGCUGCUCAAGAAGGCGUACGAGCUCUCCGUGCUCUGCGACGCCGAGGUCGCGCUCAUCAUCUUCUCCAACCGCGGCAAGCUCUACGAGUUCUGCAGCGGACAGAGCAUCACAAAAACACUUGAGAGGUACGAAAAAAGCAAUUAUGGAGGCCCAGAUACUGCUGUACAGAACAAGGAGAACGAGUUAGUCCAGAGCAGUCGCAAUGAGUACCUUAAACUGAAAGCAAGGGUGGAUAAUUUACAAAGGACUCAGAGGAAUUUGCUUGGUGAAGAUCUGGGGUCACUUGGUAUCAAAGAGCUUGAGCAGCUCGAGAAGCAACUUGAUUCAUCCUUAAGGCACAUAAGAUCCACAAGGACACAACAUAUGCUUGAUCAGCUCACUGAUCUUCAGAGGAGGGAGCAAAUGCUGUGUGAAGCAAAUAAGUGCCUUAGAAGAAAGCUGGAGGAGACCAGCAACCAGGUGCAUGGCCAAGUGUGGGAGCACGGUGCCAACUUACUCGGCUACGAGCGGCACUCCCCCCCACAGCAGGCCCCAUCACAUGUUGGCAAUGGAUUGUUCUUUCAUCCCCUGGAAGCUGCAGCAGAGCCAACCCUGCAGAUCGGGUUCGCUCCUGAACAUAUGAAUAACUUCAUGCCGACAUGGCUACCCUGAAGAUGGAUCUUUGAGGCAAAGGAAUAAAUAAAGAUGCGAUGGCCAGCAUCAUCUACUACUGCAAGAGUGACAGUCAUAUAUAUAUAUAUAUAUGACCUAGUUUGUGUGUCGAUGUGUCGAAACGCAUAAAUUUGUGAUUUUGUUAUAUGUAAUGUAUAAGCACAAACGAAACAUGCAGGACUAGUUGCUUGCUUCGACGAUGUAUUUGUGUGUAUCCGUGUAAAGGCCGUGCGCCACAGCAUAUGCGUGCUGCUGCUUUGUGCAUACAUAAAUUAAAGGCACGGUGUAAUGCCUGCACAUUUCGUUAUACAAGUUUUAAGUGUGUUAGAUCUAA